CUGAUGGGAAAAGCCGAAAGAGAAAGAAGAUAAGACUAAAUACAUGCUAUUCUCUAAAAGCAAAGCCAAACUCCAAAACCUGCUCCCAAUUACUACAAAAGAAGGACAUUUAAUUGAACUGGUCACAGAAUACAAAUACCUUGGUACUUUAAUUGAUGACUGUCUAGCUUUUAAACCACAUAUUCAGAAACUAGCUCACAGGCUGAAACUAAAAUUACGCUUUUAUUUCAGAAUCAAGUCAUGUUUAUCAUUUAAAGCCUGUAAGAAACUUGUCACUGCCACUUUUAUGUCUGUCCUUGAUUUUGGUGAUGUGAUUUAUAUGAAUGCUUCUGCUGAUGCUUUGCAUGCUUUGGACACUGUUUUUCAUGGUGCACUGCGUUUUAUAACAAACAUGAGGUCACUAACCCAUCACUGUUCUGUAUGCUCGAGUAGGUUGGCCCUCCUUAUCCCAGCGCAGACUGAAACAUUGAUACCUUUUAAUUUAUAAAUGCAUUCUUAGGUUGUUACCGUCUUAUCUCCGGCAGCUCAUAGAACUGAAGAGCAGCAGCAGCUCCAGCCUGCGGUCUCAGGACAUGCUCCUGCUCUCUGUGCCCAGAGUGCGCACAGAGAUGGGGAAAAAAAGGCUUUUAGAUUUGCUGCGGCACAGUUUUGGAAUGAACUCCAGAAAGAGUUUAAAUUGAAAGAUUUGAUCUCCCUGGGCUCUUUUAAAAAACUUUUAAAUGAACGUGAGACAAAGCUUUCAAACUGUAUUUAUUUAAAACUGUCUUUUAUGAUUGAGUGUGAGUGUAUAUAAGGGUUUUGUGUUAUUGUUGUGCUGCUGCCUCUUGGCCAGGACGCUCUUGCAAAAGAGAUUUUUAAUCUCAAUGAGUUUUUUUUAUCCUGGUUAAAUAAAGGUGAAGAAGAAUACAUAGACCAAACCAAAACUAGCUCCUCUGUAGUUGGACGGGCCUAUGUGUAAGGGCCACGACUGUCUACAGCCUACAAUGUGCAUCCAUCACAGAGUUGAUUCUGAUUUAGAAACGAUUAAGCCCCAAUUUUGUAUUGUAACACUCUUCAAUUUCUAAAAGUAUUACACACACACACAAAAACAAUAUGACUCAAGAUUUUUUAAUCAGUCUCAGGUAUUCCCCCACUCUUCCCCAGUCUUUCACCCAAUACAACAAAGAUUUUUUUAUAUUAGUUCGUUAUUUACAAAAGUCACCGCCUCUCUUCCUGGCGUCCUCCCCCCUCCAUAUAAAAUCAGAGAUCCAAGUGACUCACGGGACGUCAAAGUUCCGUCCGUGGGAAGAACGUACGCGGCUUACCUGCUCUGUCUGUCCUCGGUUGAUGGGGUUUUCAGUCAUCCCAUACAUGUGGAGGUCACACCCGAUUGCAGAAAUAAAUCCCAGAGUAUUCCACUGACGCGGUUGGGCUUCUCUCCGACGUCACGGUAAUCCUCGGCAUAGUUUCAUGGCGGCUCCACUAAUAGUUGCUGUGAUAAUGGGGGCUGUGUUGGCACAGGUGUGGACCGCCCACCACCGCCAUCAGUCCACCAUCCACACUGAAGAUAAUGCUCUGCUCAAGAUGCUGAGGAAUUUCAACUACCUCUCUUCCUCCAUGAAGGAGUGGCCAAAGAGUGAUCGUUCAUCUGAUGGAGGGACUCCAAUGGUGGGAUGCUGGAUGGUGAAGGCGCUCCACCCUGUGGCUAUAAAGAAACGCCAGGACUUGUCCUCAUACAACCUAAACUCUUUUGGUCUCCGUUAUGGAAAAUGACAGGUGUCUGCUUGUUUUCUCCUGGUUUGUUUGUUUCUGUAAAAUAAAAUAUUCAAAAAGAAGAAAGAAGGAAAAAUGUUGAUCUGCAGGUCACAGUUGGGCCAGAGUCUCCUUUCUUCAACUUGCUGUUCUUCCUCUGCAGUUUCUUAACAUUUUGUCUUGUUUACACUCAGAAAUCAUGAUUAUAAAUUAGGAGUCUUUGAAAUAAAAUUCUUAGAACUAAAAUUCCAAUGAAUGUUUUCUCUUAGAUACUCCAAAGUCCUGUAGUAUUGUAUUGCUGAGGCAUUUCAGGUUGGUAGAGACAUCUGUCAAUCAAAUGACAAUACAACCUUUCUGCCUAAUUUAAUAAUUUAUUAGAAUUAAAACAGAACAUUCACAAUUAAAAAGUUCUUCCUGUACAGUUUUUUAUGACAUAACAUGGCUAUUACAAUAAAAACCUAUUUUAUGAACCA